AUGCCUCUAGUGGUACCGAUCCACGGUGGUCUCGUGGUCGGCGCAACAGUUAAGAUAACCGCAACUCCACUGAUGAACGCCGAACGUUUCGCUGUGAACUUCUUGCGCAACAAUGCAAAUCGUGAUCAUUUGCUGCAUGGGGCAGUUAUUCGGAACAGCUGUUUGGAAGGAGUUUGGCAAAAAGAAGAACGUCAGAUCAAUCAGUUUCCAUUCAUCCUCGGUGUCACGUUCGAUAUGAUCGAGAUAAACGGUAGAGAAUUCACGCGCUUCACCUAUCGUGGUGACGUUCCAAUGAAAGACGUGGACAGAUUCGAGUUGAGCGGUGAUAUUGCCGUGCAGAUGGUUCAACUCAACAAUAUCUCGUGA